UUCGAAACCCGAUUCCUUUUUGCUAUAUUUGUAACAAACACCUCAAUUCUUCAAUGCCCAACAAAACCGGUCCAGAACGACGCCCCUUUCUUCUCUUCCCAUGUUCUAAUCUCCCUGUUUUUCCCGUAAAUUGUAACCCUUAAGAAGAAGAAGAAAGAUCAACGAAGAACAGUAACAUUUAUCAGAACCCAAAUAGAAAUCAUGCGAGGGCUUUUCAAGCCGAAGGCACGCUCGCCGGUGGAGCUCGUUCGGUACGCGAAUGAGCUCCUUCUCUUCAUUAAUCGGAAUGAGGAGGUUCGUGAGCAAAAACGGGAAGAGAAGAUAUCUGAACUGAACAAAACCAUCUCUCAAAUGAGAACAGUUCUUUAUGGAAAUGGUGGAGCAGAACCAAAUGCAGAUGCUUGUGCUCAGUUAACUCAGGAGUUCUUCAAGGAGAAUACAUUUCGCCUUCUCGUCGUUUGCAUUCCAAGGCUGAACUCAGGGCUGCGCCAAUGUGCAACUCAUGUUCUUGCCAAUCUGCAGCGACAGCAGGUCAAGUCGCGGAUCAUAGCCUCCGAGUACUUGGAGAACAACAUGGAUAUCAUGGACAUUCUUAUACCGGGGUACGAAGAUAGUGACAUCGCUUUAACUUACGGGGCGAUUGCUAGAGAAUGCAUCCAACACCAGUGUGUUGCUAGGUAUGUCCUGGAAUCAGAGAAUAUGAGGAAGUUCUUUGAUUACGUUCAAAAUCCUAUAUUUUAUGUAGCAUCAGAUGCUUCUGCAACUUUUAGAAAACUUUUGACAAGACAUAAAUCUACUGUUGCUGGGUUUCUUACUAACAAUUACGACUGGUUUUUCGAAGCGUACAAUACGCAGUUGCUGGAAUCGACCAAUUACAUCACCAAACGACACGCUGUGAAGUUGCUGGGCGAUUUACUUCUUGAUAACUCUAAUGCAGCUGUGAUGGUUAAGUAUGUGAGCUCAUUGGAGAACAUGAGGGUCUUGAUGAACCUUCUCAGGGACCCAAACAAGACAAUACAACGAGACGCCUUCGAUGUAUUCAAGCUAUUUGUUGCAAACAAAAACAAGCCUUCAGAGAUCAUAGGCAUACUUGUUGCAAAUAGAACCAAACUUCUUCUUUUUCUCGACGACCUUAAACUCGAUAAAGUGGAUGAUGGGUUUGAAGAAGAUAAAGCUCUGAUUAUAAGAGAGAUCUCCAUUUGCGAGUCGUUCGAUCCUUCAUCUAUGAAGAUGGAAAACUGCGAGACCGAAGAUUGAUUUCAACUUCUGAUACACAUUGAUCUCUUUGAAUUGUUUGAUCCACGUUGACAUCUAACUUUGCUUCGUAUAUGGAUUAUAGAUAUAGAUUGUAGAAAGGUAGAGCCCAAGCUAUGUUAACACUCACUAGAUUGCAAUUACAAUGCUUACAUCUUUCCCCCUUGGUC